UGUCAUUUCAAACGCCACUCAAUCCAUUGAAAUACACGCCGAUUAUCACCGCAAACAAUGGCCGCCACACGAAGACUACAAAAGGAACUGCAAGACAUCCGCAAAGCGGGUCUCCGAUCCUUUCGAGACAUUCAAGUGGACGAACAGAAUAUGUUGACAUGGAUUGGACUCAUUGUUCCGGAUAGCGUGCCCUAUAAUAAGGGCGCGUUUAGGAUUGAGAUCAACUUUCCCGCUGAGUAUCCGUUCAAACCGCCGAAGAUUACGUUCCGGACGAAGAUAUACCACCCGAACAUCGACGAGAAGGGACAGGUCUGCCUUCCCAUCAUUCAGGCCGAGAACUGGAAGCCCGCCACCAAGACUGACCAGGUAAUCCAAGCACUGGUAGCUCUAGUCAACGAUCCCGAACCGGAACACCCGUUAAGAACAGAUUUAGCCGAAGAAUAUUCAAAGGAUAGGAAAAAGUUUGUAAAAAAUGCCGAAGACUUCACCAAAAAGUUUUCAGAGAAGCGGCCCUCGGAUUAAAUAAUUCACUCGUUUUAAUACAACACUUAUUAUUACAACAAAUUUAAGUAACAAAAUAUUUGCUAUUAUUUUAUGUUUUAAUCCGAAAACACUGUAAUUAUUGAGUAUUUAUGAUGAAAACAUUGUAUUAUCAAUCACUUAAUAGUGCAGUCCUUAACAUAAACAGCAAAAUACGAAACAAAAAACAGACAAUUAUUUGUAUUUAAGUUUAGUAUUCAUUACAAAUAAUUGAUUCAUAAAGAGAAGCAACAGAUUUAUACCGCAUUAAUAACUACUAAAAUACAAUUAAAUUUUCCGUAAACUAUUAAAAACCCUUUUUCUAAACAUAAGAAAUAAUAAAAUUAAUUUUAUAUAUCGAGAGAUCGGCGCAGAAAUGCAAAACAAUUUAGUGAUCAUAAUAUAUGAAAAUUAUUUCUUUAUUAACAUUUACUUUUACCCAUCAUUUUUUUCAAAACUCUUGUUAUCAAAUGUAUUACUCAUUCAAAUGAUAAAUAAACUCUAAAUUCAUUUUCUUUU